ACUGACCUGACGUUGUUCUGACGUAAUUAAGCUGCGACCAAACCAAACGUAUGCGACGAACAGUAAUGGCGAGCGGUAAAAAGAGUUCUUUGCUGUCGUCUUUAGCCGUCUAUGGAGACGAUUCAGAACCAGACUCAGACCCCGAACCUGAAGAUUUAGUGCUGAGAGGAGCUGGUAGUCUCAUACAUUACUACGGCGAUGAUGACCUGAUCCAAACCAAGAUCGCCGAUGACAAAAGCUCCGAAGAUGAAGACAGCAGAGACAGUCAUUCGGAAAUGGACAAAUCAGACGAGGGGAGGGACGAAGAUGAUGUUGAGAUCUCUGAAGCUGAAAAAAGGGAUCCCAAGGAACUCGUUGCCAUGUUUUCCGAGAGGGUGAGGAACAUGUUACCAAAUGAGAUCCGAAUCCCCCCCGAGCCUCCUGGACGCUGCUCCAGCCAGCUGCAGGAAAAGAUUCACAAACUGUAUGAGAGGAAGCUCCAUGGAGAUUUUGACACAAACAGCCACAUCCAGCAAAAGAAGGAAUUCAGGAACCCGAGUAUUUACGAGAAACUGAUUCAAUAUUGUGGAAUCGACGAGUUGGGAACAAACUACCCAAAAGACAUGUUUGAUCCUCACAGCUGGUCAGAAGACUCCUACUACGAGGCCCUUGCCAAAGCCCAGAAAGUGGAGAUGGACAAGCUGGAGAAAGCCAAGAAGGAGCGGACCAAGAUUGAGUUUGUCACAGGAACUAAGAAGGGAGCGAACCCCUCCAGCACGGCCGCCUCCACCAGCAGCAGCAGCAGCACCACCACCACUACUGCAGACGCCCAGAAGAGGAAAAGCAAGUGGGACUCGGCCAUCCCCGUCACCUUAUCCCAGCCCACCGUCAUCACCACCACGGCCACCCUUCCAGCUGUUGUCUCCGUGACAACCACAGCCAGUGGCACCAAGACUACAGUCAUUUCAGCCGUGGGCACAAUCCUAAAGAAGUCCAAGCAGUGAAGAGCGGACAUGCUGGUUUAAUCUGGGACUGGAUGGGAUCCUGCAGGCCAAAGACCUUGGUUCCAUGUGGGGUUCUCACUGCUGCUGUCUCUGUGGUUGUUUCUGCACCACGGCGUCCCAAAAGGACAGUUUCCUGAAAAAUGCAUUCAAACCAUUCUCAUAUUUUUAUAUAAAUGUGUUGGCAGCAUUAGAUUUCGAGGAAAGCCAUCUCAUUCAGACCUAAAGCAGGUCUUUUUGUACGUCUAGUUCUGCAGAGAACAUCUGUCUGCAGCGUCUUUGUGAUGGGCAACAUCACUUUAUUACACUUGUACAUAUGUAAUAACAUUAAGGUGAAUAAAUGAGUCACAUUUUG